AUGGAGACCAACCGGCACGGCAACGACAGUAACGAUCGCGACGGCAGCAACGAUCGCGACGCCAACAGCGGACACACCCACUCGGCGCUGGACUUCGAGUUCACCUUCGAUGUGUCAGAGGUGGCAGGCGGCGUCAUUGAGCCAGAAGUAAGAGAACCCUUGUAA